AUGAACCAACAGCGUCCAACGCGGGAUGGGCGAUUCCGUCUCGUUCAUGGUCGGUCUUCUGAGCGACGCCAUCUCAACAAUCAACAACUUCCCAACAACGCCGUGGAUUCGUGCAACAUCGUAGAGUGGGAGGGUGACGAUGACCCGGCCUGUCCUCUGAACUGGCCGACAUCUCGGAAAGCUGUCAACGUUACAAUGGUCUCGGUGUGGACGCUUGUUACUCCUCUCGCUUCGUCGAUGAUUGCGCCGGCAAUACCGCUGAUACUGGACGAAUUCAAAAUCACCAACUCCACUUUGGGGACUUUCGUCGUGUCCAUCUUUGUUCUGGGGUACGCCCUCGGCCCCAUGGUGCUCGCUCCUCUGUCAGAAAUGUAUGGAAGACUGCCGGUCUACCAUGUGUGCAAUUUUCUGUUCGUGAUAUGGACGCUGGCGUGCGCAUUUGCACCCAACAUUGGGGCGCUCUUGGCCUUCCGCUUUCUGCAGGGCGUCGCAGGUGUCUGUCCUCUCACCAUUGGCAGUGGGACCAUUGCAGAUCUGAUCCGCCCUGAACAUCUUGGUCUCGUUAUGUCAAUCUACUCCACGGGGCCCUUGAUGGGGCCUGUCGCUGGGCCGAUUGCAGGAUCAUUCCUGAGCGAAGCCGCGGGAUGGCGGUGGGUGUUCAGAACACUGGCCAUCGCAGCUGGAGUCUUGAACGUAAUUUCUACCUUCACGAUGCAGGAGACGAGUCACGCGACCUUGCUAUGGCAGAAGACGCGGCGAUUACGUCGCGAGACGGGCAACGAUGCGCUGUGUAGUAAGCUACACUCUGGUCUGAACAGCGCCGAGAGGUUCAAACGUGCCAUCGUACGGCCAACGAAGAUGCUUCUUUUCUCUCCGAUCGUGCUUUUCCUGAGCAUGUACAUUGCCGUUGUGUAUGGCUAUCUCUACCUGCUCUUCACCACCACGACGGACGUCUACGAACAACAGUAUCAUUUCAGCUCGGGCAUCGCCUCCUUGACCUACUUGGGCAUUGGCGUUGCGGAGUUUCUCGCACUGUUUGCUUUUGCCAUGACCUCAGAUCGCCUAACCGCCAGGUUAGCCAACAAGAAGCAGACGGUCAAGAGGCCGGAGUAUCGUCUGCCAGUACUGGCCGUGGGAGCGCUAUUGACGCCUAUUGGAUUGUUCUGGUACGGCUGGUCGGCCCAGAAGAAGCUGCCUUGGAUUAUGCCCGUGAUCGGGUCCGGAUGGCUUGCGGCUGGGUUGAUAUUGACCUUCAUGCCCGUCUGCACUUACCUUGUGGAAGCUUUUCCCAUUUACGCAGCCAGUGCGAUGGCCGCCAACACGAUUCUCAGGUCUCUAGUCGGGGCUUUCUUGCCGCUGGCUGGGCCCUCUCUGUACCGCUCGCUCGGCCUGGGAUGGGGCAAUUCGCUUCUCGGCUUCAUCUCCCUCGCUAUGUGGCCUGUUAGUCUGGUGUUCUAUCGCUAUGGAGAGAGAAUCCGUAAGAGCAGCGAUUUAGUACUUUAA